CGGAAUAUAUAAUAGCCCCCCCGACUUCCUUACUUUCCCUUGUGUUGGCAUUUUGAUUUACAGAGGAAAUCGGAGGUCAAUUCUCCCUCUCGAUCGAUUUCAACUCCUCCGAUCUCUCUCUGCAACUUGCUCAUGGCGUUUUCCGACAACUCUCGACAAUCUCUCAUCCCCAAUUUCCUAUAUUCUUCGUCUUCAACCACCAGCCUACUCAUGGGCAAAUCCAUCAAUCAUUCAAACCCAAGCCUGUUUCCUUCUCCUUCACCUCCAAAGGAGCAGCAAAACUUCAUGAUAGCUUCUCCCAGCGAGCCUUUUGGCAAGAUCGAGAUGUACUCGCCUCGAUUCUACGCUGCGUGUACAGUUGGUGGGAUCCUCAGCUGUGGUCUCACUCACAUGACCGUUACUCCUCUUGAUCUCGUUAAAUGUAACAUGCAGAUUGACCCUGUUAAGUACAAGAGCAUCUCGUCUGGUUUUGGGGUAUUGCUGAAGGAGCAAGGUGUGAGGGGAUUCUUCAAGGGAUGGGUCCCAACUCUUCUUGGCUACAGUGCUCAGGGUGCCUGCAAGUUUGGAUUCUAUGAGUUCUUCAAGAAAUAUUACUCUGACAUUGCAGGGCCAGAGUAUGCUGCCAAGUACAAAACUUUGAUCUACCUGGCAGGUUCCGCAUCUGCUGAGGUCAUUGCUGAUGUGGCACUUUGUCCCAUGGAGGCAGUUAAAGUUCGUGUCCAAACACAGCCUGGUUUUGCCCGGGGUUUGGGUGAUGGGCUCCCGAAAUUUGUCAGAUCUGAUGGCGUACUAGGGUUAUACAAGGGAUUGGUGCCACUUUGGGGACGCCAGAUACCAUAUACAAUGAUGAAGUUUGCUUCGUUUGAAACGAUUGUGGAGAUGUUUUACAAAUACGCCAUUCCAAGACCCAAAAAUGAAUGCAGCAAAUCUCUUCAGCUAGGUGUUAGUUUUGCUGGGGGAUACGUGGCUGGUGUUCUGUGUGCCAUUGUAUCUCAUCCUGCUGACAAUCUUGUCUCCUUCCUUAACAAUGCCAAGGGCGCCAGUGUUGGAGAUGCUGUGAAGAAGCUUGGAGUUUUGGGUCUCUUCACCCGAGGGCUUCCCCUACGUAUUGUCAUGAUUGGAACUCUCACCGGAGCUCAAUGGGGACUUUAUGAUGCUUUCAAAGUCUUCGUUGGACUGCCGACCACAGGUGGAGCUGCCCCACCAGCUGCCAUUGAGGCUGCAAAAGAAUAGGAUCCGUGAACUUUGUUUGGCUCUUGUGGGGAUAUAUAUAUCAUAUUAUAUAUAUAUUAUAUUAUGCUACUAUUUUCAUUAUUUUUGGAUGAUUGAAAUAGGUUUUGAAUUUUUAUAUUAUAUUUUUCGUGUUAGAGAGGAUGUUGUACUUGUAGUCCUCAUUCAUCAAACUCGAAAGUUUUGGGUAGGAUUGUCAAUUGUGUAACAUCGAAAAAAGUAAUAAUGGGCCAAUGGGAUCAUUAUACAUGGCCUUGACAUUGUAAGACUGUUUGUGACAGCACGAAAUCGGUGCUGCUUUUCAUCUUUUAUCGUUUUCUGUUA